AUGGAUAAUCCUCCUAAUCACACCGCAAGGAGCGGGAACGCAGCAGACGAUGCGUCGCCGGACACAGAGUCUCGCGCCUUAGAAGCUCUGCAAGAGGACAACAGCCACUCCCUUCCACCUCACGAUCGCGGCAAGGCGGCCUGGAAGCUCUUGUUCGCAGCAUUCAUAUUCGAAGCGUUGCUUUGGGGCUUCCCUCUGUCCUUCGGCGUCUUCCAAGAGUACUACUCGCGACUGCCUCAGUUUCAAGAUAACCCAUUCAUAUCCGUGGUCGGCACCGCAGCUUCCGGCAUUUCGUACAUGGCAGCUCCGAUCGCGAUACCGGCCACGAAGAAGUAUGCCAAGUAUCGGCGAUAUAUGAUCUGGGUGGGCUGUAUGUUGAGCGCUCUCGUAGCAGGAUCUUUCGCAUCCUCACUCGGCACUUUGAUACUGACGCAAGGCGUUCUGUAUGGUACCGGCUUCGUGAUCUUCUACUACCCAAUCUUGAGCAUGGUGAACGAGUUCUGGAUCGACCGCCGAGGUUUCGCAUACGGCAUCUUGUGCAGCGCUUCAGGUGUGUCUGGCGCAGUAAUGCCCUUCGUUUUGGCUGCGAUGCUAGGUGAAUAUGGCUACGCGACCACGCUGAGAGCAGUUGCGAUUGCGCUUCUUGUGCUUACUGGGCCCUUGAUACCAUUGCUGAGAGGUCGCUUGCCAGAAUCGACCGUCGUCGGCGCGAGCGGAAGAACAGACUGGUCAUUCCUCAGUGGAUCGCUCUUCUGGGUGUACAGCAUUUCCAACAUCGCGAUGGGGCUUGGAUACUUCUUCCCCGCGCUGUAUUUGCCGUCAUAUGCCAGCUCGAAUCUCAUGAGCGCCACCCAGGGUGCCGCACUGCUUUCGGCGAUGAGCGUUGCACAAGUCUUUGGCCAGAUCAGCUUCGGAUAUCUUUCGGAUCGCAAGAUGCCCAUCAGCUUGCUCGCUGCAUUGACCACGUUCACAGCAUCUGUGGCAGUUUUCACGAGCUGGGGCCUGGCGCAUACUUUCGGGCUUCUCCUACUGUUUGCUAUCAUCUACGGCUUCUUCGCGGCUGGCUAUACUGCCAUGUGGGGCAGAAUGGGUACUGCAGUCAGUAGUGAUCCUGCAGCAUCCUUUGCAGCCUUUGGUCUUCCCAACUUUGGCAAGGGUGUUGGCAAUGUUCUUGCUGGGCCUAUCAGCGGAGCUCUCAUAUCUGGCGCGACCAACGUGAAUGGUUAUGGUUCGUCAAGAUACAAAGCCGCUGUGAUCUUCACGGGAUCAUGCAUGCUAUUCAGCGGCAUAGUCGCGACGCUUGACCUCAUGAGGCCAAUCGGAAGAGCCAUGAAAAGCGUGUGUGCAUAG